GAUGUAGAAGUCUCAAAAACUCACAAAAACACUUGUAUCAAAUACAAUACGCUGGGCGUCAAAGGGUUAAAAUGCAGUUUUUCAUGCUUGAUUCCAGGUCAGAGUAGAGGAUGCACAACAUUAACACAUCAAGAGGAGGGAUUAUGUUCUUGAAUCUCACUGGGCUUGCUGCUCACAGUGAAAGGAAGAAAAAUCCAGUGCAGCUGACUGCCACUAGAUGUCAGCCCUUGAUGAUGUUAAAAGUUGUUUCUCAGAAGUGUGAACCUCCUUCUCUUCUCCCCCAGUCUCCUCUCUCCCUCCCCCUUCUUCAUUCCAUCUUUUUUCUCUCUGUCCCUUCCCAUCCACUCCCCCCACUCUCUCUCUCUCUCUGAACCUCAGAGCGCGCUAUAUAAAACAUCCCUCCACACUCAGAUAUACAAACACCUCCGUUCCCACCACAGCGCCUCCGAACCCUGCGUCAGAAAAUACCCCAGUACUCACUUGAAGCGUUUGAACAGCAGACACCUGACCCUUCCUGAAUGAGCUGGAGAAGACUCCUUUCUUCUCCCGCAUCUCUGGACCGUCUUCUUCACUCUUUAUUUCUCCUCAAGUUUGGCAGCUGAUAACGGCUCAAUCAGAAGGAGAUUUGUUUGUUUGUUUGCAGCAGCUGAGAAAAUCAAGGACUGUUUGACAUGAGGAGAGACGUUCCACAAAGAGGCAUGAAGACCACAUGUCUGUGGACUGCCGCCGUGCUGCUGUCAGUCAUCUCUCUGGUUGCGAGUGCUGACUCUCCAAGUUCCGACUUGAGAUAUAACUCAAAAUCCAAAGUGAAGACCUACUGGGAUGAAAGCAGCAAGGACGUGUCCAUUAGCCGUCUGCUGUCUCAAAGCCUCUACGGCAAAGAGAACUUCACCUCUAUGGAUCUGAACUACGACGAAGGAGAGUCUUACUCUAAGCAAGAGCAUUGGAAAUGGCUUUACAACACCUCAGCCUCCCGUGACCCUCGAUCAAGGACGAAAAGACGCCCCAUCGUCAAGACUGGAAAGUUUAAGAAGAUGUUCGGCUGGGGUGAUUUCCAUUCUAACAUCAAGACGGUGAAGCUGAACCUCCUCAUCACCGGCAAAAUUGUGGAUCACGGUAACGGCACCUUCAGCGUCUACUUUCGACACAAUUCAACCGGUCAGGGCAACGUUUCCGUGGGACUUGUUCCUCCCACCAAGGCUGUGGAGUUCCAGGUCCACCAGCCGCACCAGCAGUACCACCACCAUCACCAGCAGCAGCAGCAGACGGCCCUGGAGACCAAAGAAACCAAGCUGUUCAACUGUAGGGUGGAGUACGAAAAGGUGGAGAAAGGCACCAGGAACUCACUGUGUGCCCACGACCCCUCGCAGAGCUGCCCUCAGGAGCAGACCCAGAGCCACGUGUCCUGGCUGUGCUCCAAACCCUUCAAAGUGAUCUGCAUCUUCAUCACCUUCUACAGCACUGACUACAAGCUGGUGCAGAAGGUGUGCCCAGACUACAACUACCACAGUGACACCCCCUACCUCCCUACGGGUUGAUCACAAGACCAGACGAAGGGGGGGAAAGAAAAAAAAAAGACAAAGAUAGGCUACAGGGUCCUGAGCAAUGUCAGAUUAUAUGAAAGAAAAUGGAGUCAAGACAUUUCCAACUUGAGAUGUUGACAGGCAUUAUUACAAAUAACCUAUCCUUGUCACAAGACUGAUAUUGCUCCAAUGAACAAGCCUAGCCUGAGGUCAUUAAGAGAGCAUUUAGGGAAGCAUUUAUAGGCUUGCAAUACUCAUCUUAUAUGCAUAGCUGCUUACAUCGAAAGGAAAUUCUCAAGCCAACCAUAAAAAUAUGCUGAUUGUAUUUAUGUAAAUAUCGUGGAUUCCACACAAAGACCAGAGAACAAUUUUAUCAGUGUUUUCUCCUGCUAAUUUAGUUGUUUAUGUUGAUGGUGUAUUUCCGUCUCAAUCAUGCUUUCUGUCUCCUCCAAUCAGUCUCUGGUAAUCACUGCGAACACGUAAAUGUCAAUGCAAAUAAGAAGAAUCUGUCAGUAUGCAUUAGAGGGCAUAAUGGAAAAAUCAAACAUAUUUUGAGUGGUGUUGUUUUCUGCAGUGUGAUUGUUAGAGUGAAUGUACCUCUCUGAUAUUGUUGUUGGAAUCUCGUCCAUGUCCCAUGCAUGAACCCGAAUGUGGUAAACAACUUAAUAACGUCCAUCUAUAUUUUCCUGUUAUUGCAGCUGUCAAAAAUAAUCUUCACCAAGUCACGACACAAAGAGGGAAAAAAAAGUAUGUUCUAUUUUAAUUCUGUGUUGUGUGUUUAGCAGUUUUAAGGCCAUGGACGGCGCUCGGUAAAUGACACCAAAUUGAGGGCUCUCAUCAGAUCAAACAUAAGCAAGUAAAUGUCACAAUGAAUAAAUAAAAGUUGCACAAGAUGACAGAGAAACAGAAGAUCAUUUUUUGUGCUUUUCUUUAAAAAUAAUCAAACAUUACUCUGCUCUCUUUUUUUCUCAGAACUGCAUAUCCAUUUUAGACAUUUAAGCAUUGCUUUUAUUUCUGGUGACUCUUUGCAUCACUGACAUGACAAGCAGCCAGUAGUGAGCCACAGAAUUAGAGCCAUAGUGCCCCUGCAGAAACCAAAAAUAACCAUUUGUAAACACUGGAAUAAUCAUUUGUAUCGAAAAGUGAUUGAUAAUCGGAAAAAAGGUAGGUCAAAAGUUUGUUUAAAAAUAGAUCAUAGAACAAGAAUGCAAGAGAACAUGGAAAUUGUAGAGAGGAAGAUUUCCUGAAGUGCAUUUGAGGCUUAAGCAGAACAAAAACACUAUUAUAAUGCGAGAACUGGUAAAAAGAGCUUUCCAGCUCCAGAAGAGGUAGGACAUACAUUAAACAGCAGGUGCUAAUCACACAUCCUGCGUGUCAAACGCUCGCACUUCUGGUUAUCAAAAAAAAAAAAAAAGAAAAAAAUUUCAGAUGAGCCUAACGCUGGCUGCUAAUGAUAUUGGAUGUUCCAAUUGGCUAUUAAACCUUCAUUACAUAGAUUGGAAGCCAGUGGCUCCACGUGAAGCAUUUAGAGAAAAUGAACACAGUAUAAGUGGGAGCUCUGCAGAGUCAACACCACAGAAAGAAUGAAUUAAAGAGCCGAUAGAAAACCUGUAAAAAAGUAUGAAUGUGCACCUAGGGGCACAAUCACUGCUGUCUAUUUAAAUUCAGUGCUCUUUCACAGUGUAUGCCAUGGUAUACGCAACGCAGUAACUGCUAAUGGCAGCCUGGAUGACAUCCAAUAUGCCAACAUGGGGCGAAUUUUCUGACAAGGCAGGUCGAAGAAUAGGGGUCUGCCUGUGGGAUGAGUGAGCAUAAAGAGGAAUUUAUGAUGCGGAGGAACAAGGCUGGCAGAAAUCACUGGAAGCACCUGACUCGUAAAUUGAGAGCAUGUUUCUGUCACUAAGAAGAAGGAAUGACUAAUGUGUCAGAUUGCUGUUUGGGCCAGUUCUUUCAUCUCAAUAAAGUGACUUUGAUAUCUCUCCACCCCUACCCAAAUGUGCCAGGGACAGUUUGUUCAGCUUCAGAGAAUUAAAGCAGCACUUUCCCGAGACAAUGCAGCCUCAUUAUGCAUAUAAUCUUACAAGUGUAAACAGUCUGGCACAAAAGUGUUCGGUGUGAGAGCUGCUGAGAGAUGGAUCUGUUCCCUGACUAAUGUCAUCUGAGGCUAAAUGCAACGUAUUGUGAUGCUGACUGUUUUGAAGAAAUUACCGUUUCAGCCUCAGUUACACGUGUAUUAUAAUUUAUCCUCCGUUUAGUAUUUAUCAGUAACUAAACUUGACAUCGGUCAAGUGCCCGAUGUGAAAGGGGUCAAACACUACUGGAGACAUACUGGGUAGGUACUUGGUUUUUUGGGUUUAGGAUUCAGCUGCUUUGGAAGUGUUGGGCUGUUUUUUCCCCCCCCCCCUUCUCACAUUAUCCGCCUAACUUCCUUCCCAAACUCCUUUCAGUGAUCAUUUGCCGUUGAUUACUCCCAAAGCUCAUGGCCCAUAAAAUGGUGUUUGAGACAGCUCUUCUCUACAGUUUCCGUUCAGCUCCGUGGAGCAUUCUAGCUUUUUCAUCGUAUUGUUCUUAAUUUACUGCCCCCAUCUUUACAGUCACAGCUCGCUCAAGUAUUUUUUUAAAGCAGGUUCGAGCAUCAACAUACAGGUGAAAUAUUUAUUAGUGAUGACACUCUAUACUACACUAUACUACAAGUGCCAACAACAUUAGAAGGAGAACCUCAACAGGGAGAAGAACACAGGUGUUACAGGGUGAGCAGGAAAGAUGAAAGGAAGGCAAAACUAACCUAGUUGGUUAAAAUUAUGAUUUAUGGGCAAUGUGCAUAUGCUACAUGCCACUGGAUAGGGCUACAGACAGACAACACAUGCUGAGAAGAAGACUUCAGUGACUCCUGUGCUAUUCAUAAACUGCUAUAAAUGAUCAAUGGUUUUAACCAGUAUUAAUAGACUGUGAUGACUUCUCAGCUGGCGAGCGCAACAAGCACCAGAGUGACCAUACACAACGUAGGUGAUUGGCCAGGUUGCACACAAUCACCUGUAGCUUUCCAUCCUACAGUGGGCUUCCGUCUGAAAGAAUUAUGCUUUGAUAGAGCACAGAUUACAAAUUUAAUUUGGUUUCUCCAAACCAGGGGAGCAUGGUGAAGCAGUGGUUAGUGCUGCUGCGUCACAGAAUGAAGGUCCCAAAGAAAGAAGGCAAAAAAAGUCAGUCAUGGUACAAGUUCCACAGAAAUCAAAAUCGAAACAGUGUUUAAAUGGUUCUUAACCUCCAGAGACCCUGCAUCUUCAUAAGCAGACAUCACAACCUUACAUUUCAUUCUGCUCAACACAGACGUGAUGAAUCCCUAACAAGAGUUCAGGUCUCAGGAGCUAUUUGUAUAGACAAUGUUGCAGUCCCUAGUUUUAACUGGUAGUUACCUAGCCUGUUUUUUAGUAAAUAACCAAGCCUCUCACCAUUUGAAUAAAGAGAUUCACAGGAAGGUUUUAUUGACUAGACCUAGAGUAAGGAACAAGACGACACAUGGCUGUUGCAGCACACAGAUUUGUGUUUGAAUGCAUACCAAUAAAGCAAAAGUAGCAAACACUAGAACAAAGCAGGUGUAGAACCUUUAACAACGGGUUAUUUUGGAAUUUCGUUGUUCUAACCAAUCGAAACAGACUUUCCAUUUUCUGCUAUUUCCUCCAAAAGACGUUUUCACCACUGAUAUGUGCAAAAACAUCUACAAAUUUCCUUUCGGGCAAACUAGAUGCCGUAUUGACUCAGUGAUCAUGACAUGAUGGGAUGUGCCAGCAAUAGCUCAUAACAUCUGCUGAUAUCUUUGCAAUAGGUGUGGGACAUAACAUCAUCGCUUAUGACUAUUUUAAACUUAUUUCAUUUAAAGAAGCUCAUGUGUUAUACCUUUAAACAUUGCAGCUUUAACCAGCGAUCCUUAAAUUUCUCUGACAACUUUCACAUAAUCAUCCUGGUUUGUUUGAGAUUACAUUCAAGCACUGAGUUGCUGCACUUAACUUUUAUAGGAACUUUAUGUUCUAUUAACUCCUCUAUUAGUAAGUUAAUGAGCAGUGGGUCGGAUGGAGGAGCUGGGGGGACAGGAAGACAAAUUCCGUCUCUGUUUUGGAACCAUUAAACCCCUAAUGGAUUCAAAUGAAAACUAAUUUUCUUCUAUUUAGAAAUUAGUCCAGAUCAACACAACGAGAUGAUUUUUUUCAGUCUUCUGCCUACAAAUUAUUUUGUUGCCCCAAAAUUACCAACGCAAAUUCAUUAUUGCAAGUUCAAGUGUUUGAUGAAAAAUUUCCAUUUUGUAUUUUUCUUACCGAACAAACCCUGCAAUGCAAAGUGCAUAAACCUGCAUUUUUUCCUCAUGGCCAGCAGGGGGCAAAUCCUCUGGUUUCACAUCUAAUUACCUUACUGCUCACUCAGUUUAUAAACUCAGUAAACACAUUCCUGGUCUCAGUUUGUAGUUCCUCCUACUAGGUUCCUAUUGGAGUCAAAGGAGGAGUAUCUCAGUGUCCCAUUUCUUGAGUGAGGGGAGAGUGGACCAGGAGAUUCACAGACCAACUGGGGGAGGCAUUCUCAGGGCUUUGGAUGCUUCACAAAUCUGUUGUGGUGAAGAAAGAAUUAAGUAUGAGCGCAAAUUUGUCAAUUUACCAACUAAUCUACAUUCUUACCCUCAUCUAUGGCCACAAGCUGGGGGUAGUGACAGAAAGCUGAGCAAAUGAGCAGAAAUGAGUUUCCUCCAAAAGGUCAUCACCCUAGCAGUAGGGUGAGGAGUUCAAUCAUUCAGGUGGAGUUUAGAGUACAGCUCCUGGGUAAGGCAUUUGAGACAUGUACUACCUGAAGGAGGGCCCAGAGCAGACCCAGGACACAUUGGAGAGAUUGCAGGCGAUGGAUGGAUGGAUGAAUGGAGAGCUAUAUAAAUGCAAGUACAUAAUUACCAGACUACAAUCCUGCACACCGACACAGAUCCCUCCUCUGAAGAGGACACAUGCGAGAUCUUCCUUUUAGUGUUCAAGUAUGAACAACACAACAGCAAAGAAUGUUUGAACUAAAAACUAGCUCAAAAGGCAUUUCACAGUAAUUCUACUAACAGGUGCAGGCUGGAGAAAUGGAGGCUGAAAUGCUACGAGCCUGACUGCUCAUCACUGCUUCAGCAGAAGAUCAGGCGGUCUGCUUAGCUGGGUUUGGCAUAGACUCGGCUUUAACAUCACUCUGGGUUCUUCCACACUACCUUUGUGUCACUAUGCUGUCUGUGCAGAUUUUAUAGCUUCAGUUUUCUGCACUGUACCUUCACGUUACUGUCCAUGGAUGUAGUAAAAACAAAAGUAAUGUCCACGUAUCCACUUUUUAGCUGUAGACCAUUCCACUGUUUUCCCUGCAUACUAACUGAAAUCAGCUGAUUGCGGUAUAAAUGUUCAGGACUGAAAGAGGGCAUGUUUGAGUUUUUUCCUUUCUGUGCCCAUCGUGCAGGUAAAUGAAGAACCUUUGUAAUGUAAGUAAUGGUAUAGUUUUAAAUGUAAUUUGAUUACUGAAUUCCAUCCAGCAGUGUGUUGCAUUACAGAAAAAACAGUGUUAGUACAGUACUGGUGACUACAUUCUUCUUUUAUAUACCAGUCGAUGAUUUCUUAUCUGUAAUUGCAAAUAGGGAGUUGUGUUACUCAUUUAUAUAAGAACAUUAAUGAUUUAAAACGGUCCUUAGAUUUAAAUAAAUAUAUAUUUGUAACAAAUGUUCCUCAUUUUGGAAAUGAAAGCCGUUUCCUGCUUUGUAUUUCAGCUUUAAAAAAAAACAUUUUCAGAUCACAGAUUACACCUUCAUUACAGCUUAGUGAAAAAAUAAUUUAACAGAGAAGAUGGAGAAAGCGGAGUUAAAUAAUUAAAAUGUAAGGGACGCAGCUUUUCAGGAAUUAAUCUCUUGUAGACACCAAUAUGCACAACUAGGAGAUGUUUGAGUCCUUUUCCAAGCUCUGUUUUAUAAGAAAAGCAAAUCUGGCCAUUUCUUUUGUCCAUUUAACGAAUUCCGUGCGUAUGAAUGAAACCGACAGCGUUGCAGAGCAGCAGUGUUUGGACGUCUAAGUUAUCUUUGGGCCCAGAUCUUCUCCCUCGGUUCAGCUAUGCUGGGCCGGAGCCAUCCAUGCCUGCCUUCUAUCCCCUAGCUCGCCCACAAUCCCUGAUUAAUGUGGUCUGGGCGGGAGCUGUCAGAAAUGGCAGAGAGAAUCAUGGGAUUUCUCCUUCAGAGUCCCAAUGACACCCAGCAGCUGCAGGAGUAAACAGAUGACUAACCACUGGCCUUUUGGCAGCCUGUGGAGAUUCACAUGGAGGGAGGGCUGUGAACGUUGCUUUGACAUUUAGGUGGAUUAGAAAGUUCUUGGGUUCUGCUCUCGUGGUGUCAGAGGUGGUUGGCAUAGUAAUUAUUUGCGUCUCGGUUUUUCUUCCGCUUGACCCCCAACCGCAGCGAAAAUGUAGAGCUUCCACUUACUUACAGACGUUUGCUCAAAUUAAAGCGUAAAACAUCCUCAUGCGCCUCAUUUAAAAACAAAUCACAUUCUGUUUGCGUUGCUACAGGACAAAGAAUAAGGAGCUUGCUUUGAAAAAAAAAAAAAAAGAGGCAAAAACAAGCAAUUGUCAUUUCAGAUCAUGUCCUUCUGCAGAAUGCAUUUCAAAUCUGGGGCUGAAGCUGUCCUGGGGGCACAGUUUUGUGUGAGGUAUUGACAUAUUAAAGGCUCCAUC